AGAUUUCAAUUUACUUGAUUCUUUCUCUACCACCUUACUCAAUCCACCAAUCAAACACCUCUUCUUUACUCAAUUGCCUCAUUCCCAUCGUCUAAUAAUUUCCACAGUGUCAUCUUGCAUGGCAUCAUGCAUGAUCUAAGGGCAAAAAAUUUUGGUCAAAAACUUUUAUUUUUAUUAAAUAAUUCGCAACUUGAAUUUGCUGCCCUCAUAUAUAUAUAAUAACCCAAUACCCACAAGAAAACUACACACACAAGAAAAAGGAAAAAGAAAAUGGAGCUCUCUCAUCUUCUGCUCAGAAUCUUGCCUUCUCUUUCUCUGGUUGGACUUGUUUCCUUCAUUCUUUAUCUCUUCAAGACUGUGUUUCUGAGUUCAUACUCAGCGAAGAAGAAGCUGCGCAUGCAAGGUAUUAGUGGCCCUUCUCCUUCUUUUAUUAAUGGGAAUCUCCCUGAAAUGCAGCAAAUUCAAUCCAAAGCCGAGAAAGAUCUUGUUUUUCCAACUCAUGAUCAGAUUGUAGCUCAAGAUUACACUUCCAUUGUCUUCCCUUACUUUGAUCAUUGGAGAAAAGUUUAUGGUCCGAUUUACACGUACUCAACUGGGUUCAAGCAACAUUUGUACGUUACAGAUCCUGAGGUUGUAAAAGAAAUGAACCAGUGUAAUACUCUGGACUUAGGCAAGCCUCCAUAUGUGACUAAAAGAUUUGCUCCGAUGUUCGGUAAUGGCAUCAUGAGAUCCAACGGUCAUUUUUGGGCCUUGCAAAGGAAAAUUGUAGCUCCGGAGUUUUUCAUGGCUAAGGUCAAGAGCAUGGUGGGGCUGAUGGUGGAAUCGACACAACCGUUGCUGAGAGAAUGGGAGCAGCGGAUUGAAGCUCAAGGUGGUUUCCAAGCAGAAAUCACAGUUGAUGAUGAUUUGAAAGGGCUUUCUGCUAAUGUAAUUGCAAGAACUUGUUUUGGGAGUUCUUAUUUCAAAGGCAAUCAGAUUUUUUCCAAGCUUAGAACUCUCCAUAAAGCUCUUACCCAUCAAGGUACCCUUUUUGGGUUCACAUAUUUUCGCAAAAAUAAUAAAGAAAUCAGAAGCUUGGAAAGAGAGAUAGAGUCAUUGAUCUGGGAAACAGUUCAAGAUCGCCAAAAGCAGAGCUCAAUUGAGAAGGACCUGAUGCAGCUAAUACUUGAAGAAGCUGUCAACGAUACAAAUUCAGGGAAGCUUUCACCGAGGAAUUUUAUUGUUGAUAAUUGCAAAGGCUUAUAUUUUGCAGGACAUGACACAACUGCUAUCUCUGCUUCUUGGGUUCUGAUGCUUCUUGCUUUACACCCGGAGUGGCAAGCCAGAAUCCGAGCAGAGGUGGCUCAGUUUUGCAACGAUGGUUCAGUAGAUGCAAAUUCAGUUUCCAACUUCAAGACGGUGACCAUGGUGAUUCAAGAGGCUCUGAGGCUAUUCCCACCAGCAGGAUUUGUGGUGAGAGAGACACUUGAAGAAGUCCGAAUUGGGAACAUUACAAUUCCAAAGGGAGUGUGCACUUGGACUUUGAUUUCAACCUUACACAGGGAUCCCACCAUUUGGGGACCAGAUGCUAACAAGUUCAGGCCUGAAAGGUUUGCAGAUGGGAUCUCUAAAGCUUGCAAAUUCUCCCAAGCUUAUAUCCCAUUUGGCCUGGGGACUCGCCUGUGCGUCGGCCGAAACUUCGCCAUGAUGGAACUCAAAAUUGUCAUCUCCUUCAUUGUCUCCAAGUUUAAGUUCUCGUUGUCUCCUAACUAUGUGCAUUCUCCUGUGUUUAGAAUGCUCGUGGAACCUAACAAUGGCGUACAACUUAUAAUCCAAAAGGUUUAGAAUAAGAUUGAAGGGACUGCUAAGAGUUAUAUAUAUAUAUAUAUGAGUAGGCUAGCUCUUGCUCUAGUUAUGUGUUUCAGUUCAACAGUUUGUUAGUAGAAUACCAGCACUUUCUUAUAUAUAUAUUAAUCAUUUUGAAUUAGUUUGUUUUGGCA